GCCUGCAGCCGCUGUGUGCACCGAGUCGGCCGUCUUGCUCCAACCUGCGCCUCCACUGCAGCACCCGCAGCCAGAGCCACGCUCAGCAUGAUGCCCGGGGCGCCGCUCCUGCGGCUGCUGACCGUGGUCUCUGUGGCAGCGGCGGUGGCCGGAGUUCCCGGGACGGUAAUGCCCCCCACCACGGGGGACGCCACCCUGGCCUUCGUUUUCGACGUCACUGGCUCCAUGUGGGACGACCUGAUGCAGGUGAUAGACGGCGCCUCGCGCAUUCUGGAACGCAGUCUGAGCCGCCGCAGCCAGGCCAUUGCCAACUACGCACUGGUGCCCUUCCACGACCCAGAUAUUGGCCCAGUGACCCUCACAGCGGACCCCGCGGUGUUUCAGAGGGAGCUGAGAGAACUCUAUGUGCAGGGAGGUGGUGACUGCCCGGAGAUGAGUGUGGGGGCCAUUAAGGCUGCCGUGGAGGUUGCCAACCCCGGCUCCUUCAUCUACGUCUUCUCGGAUGCCCGCGCCAAAGACUAUCACAAGAAGGAAGAGCUGCUGCGUCUCCUGCAGCUCAAACAAUCACAGGUGGUCUUUGUGCUGACGGGGGACUGUGGCGACCGCACCCAUCCUGGCUACCUGGCCUAUGAGGAGAUCGCUGCCACCAGCUCUGGGCAGGUAUUCCACCUGGACAAGCAGCAAGUGACAGAGGUGCUGAAGUGGGUGGAGUCGGCGAUCCAGGCCUCCAAGGUGCACCUGCUGUCCACAGACCACGAGGAGGAGGGGGAGCACACAUGGAAACUCCCCUUUGACCCCAGCCUGAAGGAGGUCACCAUCUCAUUGAGUGGGCCAGGGCCUGAGAUUGAAGUCCAAGAUCCACUGGGGAGGAUCCUGCAGGAGGACGAGGGCCUCAAAGUGCUUCUCAACAUCCCUGACUCGGCCAAGGUCGUAGCCUUUAAGCCUGAGCAUCCCGGGCUGUGGUCCAUCAAGGUCUAUAGCAGUGGCCGCCAUUCCGUGAGGAUCACAGGCGUCAGCAACAUUGACUUCCGAGCCGGCUUCUCCACUCAGCCCUCGCUGGACCUCAACCGCACCCUCGAGUGGCCCUUGCAAGGGGUCCCCAUCUCCCUGGUGAUCAAUUCCACGGGCCUGCAGGCACCUGGCCUCCUAGACUCGGUGGAGCUGGCACAGAGCUCAGGGAAGCCCCUCCUGACCCUGCCCAUGAAGACCCUCUCCAAUGGCUCCACCCACCAGCUGUGGGGCGGGCCGCCCUUCCACACCCCCAAGGAGCGCUUCUACCUCAAGGUGAAGGGCAAGGACCAUGAGGGAAACCCCCUCCUUCGUGUCUCUGGAGUGUCCUACAGUGGGAUGGCCCCAGGCGCUCCCCUCGUCAGCAUGGCCCCCAGGAUCCAUGGCUACCUGCACCAGCCCCUGCUGGUCUCCUGCUCGGUGCACAGCGCCCUUCCCUUCCGGCUGCAGCUGCGGCGAGGUGAAGCCAGGCUGGGCGAAGAGAGGCACUUUCAGCAGUCAGGAAACAGCAGCUGGGAGAUCCCGCGGGCCUCCAAGGCCGAGGAGGGCACGUAUGAGUGCACAGCCAUCAGCAGGGCUGGGAUCGGGCGAGCAAAGGCCCAGAUUGUCGUCACAGAUCCCCCGCCGCAGCUGGUCCCUGCUCCCAACGUGACCGUGUCCCCAGGGGAGACUGCCAUCCUAUCCUGCCAGGUCCUAGGCGAGGCCCCCUACAACCUGACGUGGGUCCGGGACUGGCGAGUCCUGCCGGCCUCCAUGGGCCGAGUCGCCCAGCUGGCUGACCUGUCCCUGGAGGUCAGGGGCGUCAUCCCCACAGAUGGCGGGAGGUACCAGUGCAUGGCCAGCAACGCCAAUGGGGUCACAAGGGCAUCCGUCUGGCUCCUGGUGCGAGAGGCCCCACAGGUCAGCAUCCACACCAGCUCCCAGCACUUCUCCCAGGGUGUGGAGGUGAAGGUCAGCUGCUCAGCCUCUGGGUACCCCACACCCCACAUCUCCUGGAGCCGUGAGGGCCAAACCCUACAAGAGGACAGCAGAAUCCAUGUGGACGCACAGGGAACCUUGAUUAUUCAGGCGGUAGCCCCAGAAGAUGCUGGGAAUUACAGCUGCCAGGCGACUAAUGAGGUUGGCACUGACCAGGAGACGGUCACCCUCUACUACACAGACCCACCGUCGAUCUCUGCUGUAAAUGCUGUGGUGCUGGCGGCCGUUGGGGAGGAGGCUGUGCUGGUGUGUAAGGCGUCUGGGGUCCCCCCACCCCGAGUCAUCUGGUAUCGAGGGGGUCUUGAAAUGAUCCUGGCCCCUGAGGGCUCCAGCUCUGGGAAGCUACGGAUCCCGGUGGCUCAGGAGAGAGAUGCUGGCAUCUACACUUGCCGGGCUGUCAAUGAGUUGGGUGACGCCUCUGCAGAAAUCCAGCUGGCGGUUGGACAUGCGCCCCAGCUGACGGAGCUGCCCCGGGAUGUCACUGUGGAACUGGGAAGGAGUGCCCUCUUGGCAUGCCGGGCCACAGGCCGCCCGCCCCCGAUGGUCACCUGGCGCCGUGGAGACGGCCAGCCUCUGGGACUCAGGCUGGGGGCCGGGCGAGGCAGCAAGUCUCGGCAGCCAGAUUCGGGAAUGCUGUUCUUUGAAAGUGUGGCCCCAGAAGACCAGGCCUCGUAUGUCUGUGAAGCUCGAAAUGUCUUUGGGAAGGUCCAAGCCGAGGCCCAGCUCAUCGUCACUGGUCACGCCCCGCCACAGAUCGCCAGCAGCGCCCCCACCGUCCGGGUCCUGGAGGGGCAACCUGUGUCCCUGCCCUGCAUCGUCCUGGCUGGGAGGCCCCUCCCGGAAAGGCACUGGCUCAAGGAUGGCCGGCCCCUCCCAUCUGGUAACCGGCAUUCCAUCCGAGCGGAUGGCAGCCUCCACCUUGACCGAGCGUUGCAGGAGCACGCGGGGAGGUACCGGUGUGUGGCCACCAACACGGCCGGCUCUCGGCAUCGGGACGUGGAGCUGGUGGUCCAGGUGCCACCUAGAAUCCAUCCUACUGCCACCCACCACAUCACCAAUGAAGGGGUUCCGGCCUCUCUCCCCUGCGUCGCUUCAGGAGUUCCCGCCCCCACCAUCACCUGGACCAAGGAAACCAAUGCCCUGACCUCCAGAGGUCCCCACUACAAUGUGAGUAAGGAGGGCACCCUGCUCAUCGCCCAGCCGUCCGCCCAGGAUGCAGGGGCCUAUGUCUGCACGGCUACCAACACCGUGGGCUUCUCCAGCCAGGAGAUGCGGCUUUCUGUCAACACCAAACCCAGGAUCCACAUGAAUGGGUCACAUAAUGCAGAUGUGCCUCUGAGAGUCACAGCGAAGGCUGGCGAAGAGGUGACCCUGGAUUGCGAGGCCGAGGGCUCCCCACCCCCACUGGUCACCUGGACGAAGGACUCCCACCCUGUACCGCCCAUCACCAACAGGCAUGGCCUCCUCCCGUCUGGCUCUCUGCGUCUGGCCCAGGUCCAGGUGGGUGACAGCGGCCACUACGAGUGCACAGCCAGUAACCCUGCGGGGUCCACCUCCCGGCGCUACGUCCUUGGGGUGCAAGUCCCCCCUCAGGUGCAGCCAGGCCCUCGGGUUCUGAAGGUGCUGGUGGGAGAAGCCCUGGAUCUGAACUGUGUGGCUGAGGGUAACCCAGAGCCCCAGCUGAACUGGUCCAAGGAUGGCGUGGUCCUGCGGGGCCGCGGGCCUGAGGACUCCGUCCACUUCGCAGCCGUCAGAACCUCUGAUGCCGGGAGGUACCGCUGUGAGGCCUCCAACAGUGCCGGGGUGGACGCCUGGGAGGUGGAGCUCAGGGUUCUGGAGCCACCACACUGGGGUGCUGAUGAGACCAGCGGCCUGCUGGAGCGAGUGGCCGGAGAGAACGCCAGCCUGCCGUGCCCCGCCAGAGGAACGCCCAAGCCGCAGGUCACAUGGCGGAAGGGCCUGUCCUCGGAGCCCCUGCAUGACCGGCCAGGUGUGGCGGUGCUGGAAGAGGGGUCUCUAUUCCUGGCCUCCGUCUCACCCACGGACAGUGGAGACUACGAGUGCCAGGCCACCAACGAGGUGGGCUCCACGUCCAGGAGAGCCAAGCUGGUGGUCUAUGUGCCCCCCAGCAUCCGGGAGGACGGGCGCAAGGCCAACGUGUCGGGCAUGGCCGGGCAGUCCCUGACGCUGGAGUGUGACGCGAACGGCUUUCCAGUCCCUGAGAUCGUGUGGCUGAAGGACGGGCAGCUGAUCCCUAAGGUGGGUGGCCACCGCCUGCUGGACAGGGGCCAGUCCCUCCACUUCCCCAGGAUCCAGGAGGAUGAUUCUGGGCUCUACUCCUGCCGGGCAGAGAACCAAGCUGGGACCGCCCAGAGGGACUUCCGUCUCCUUGUGCUCACCCCUCCUUCCGUGCUUGGAGCCGGGGUCGCUCAGGAGGUGCUGGGAUUGGCUGGUGCAGACGUGGAGCUGCAGUGUUGGACCUCAGGGGUCCCCACGCCCCAGGUGGAGUGGACCAAGGACAGGCAGCCUGUCCUUCCGGGAGGCCCUCACCUGCAGGUCCAGGAGGAUGGCCAGGUUCUCAGGAUCACCAGCAGUCACGUGGGGGAUGAGGGACGAUACCAGUGUGUGGCCUUCAGCCCAGCUGGUCAGCAGGCCAGGGACUUCCAGCUCCGAGUUCAUGCGCCCCCCACUAUCUGGGGCUCCAACGAGACAGGUGAGGUGGCUGUCAUGGAGGGCCACCUGGUGCAGCUUCUGUGCGAGGCCCGAGGAGUGCCCACCCCAAACAUCACCUGGUUCAAGGACGGGGCCCUGCUCCCCUCCAGCACCGAGGUGGUCUACACUAGGGGCGGUCGGCAGUUGCAGCUGGGGAGGGCCCAGAGCUCAGAUGCCGGCGUCUACACCUGCAAGGCCAGCAAUGCUGUGGGGGCCGCAGAGAAGGCCACCAGGCUGGACGUUUAUGUCCCACCCACCAUUGAGGGCGCCGGUGGAAGACCAUACGUGGUGAAGGCUGUGGCUGGGAGGCCCGUGGCGCUGGAGUGCGUGGCCAGAGGCCACCCGCCCCCGACCCUCUCCUGGCACCACGAAGGGCUGCCCGUGGCAGAGAGUAACGAGUCUCAGCUGGAGACAGGAGGCCGCGUGCUAAGGCUGGAGAGCCCGGGGGAGGCAUCCACGGGCCUGUACAGCUGUGUGGCCAGCAGCCCUGCCGGGGAAGCCGUGCUGCAGUACUCCGUGGAGGUGCAGGUGCCCCCACAGCUCCUGGUGGCUGAAGGCUUGGGACAGGUGACCACCAUCGUGGGACAGCCCCUGGAACUUCCCUGCCAGGCCUCAGGCUCCCCAGUACCCACUAUCCAGUGGCUGCAGAAUGGUCGCCCAGCUGAGGAGCUGGCCGGCGUGCAGGUGGCCUCACAGGGGACCACACUGCACAUUGACCAUGUGAAGCUGGACCACUCAGGCCUCUUCGCCUGCCAGGCCACCAAUGAGGCGGGCACUGCCGGGGCCGAGGUGGAGGUGUCUGUGCAUGAGUUCCCAUCUGUCAGUAUCAUUGGGGGUGAGAACAUCACAGCUCCUUUCCUGCAGCCUGUGACCCUCCGAUGUGUAGGGGAUGGGGUGCCUACCCCAAGCCUCCGUUGGUGGAAGGAUGGUGUAGCCCUGGCAGCCUUUGGGGGGAACCUGCAGAUUGAGAAGGCGGACCUAAGGGACGAGGGCAUCUACACUUGUGCCGCUACCAACCUGGCUGGGGAGAGCAAGAGGGAAGUGGCCCUGAAGGUUUUGGUGCCCCCCAACAUCGAGCCAGGCCCAGUCAACAAGGCAGUGCUGGAAAAUGCCUCAGUGACCUUGGAGUGUCUGGCUUCGGGCGUGCCUCCUCCUGAUGUCUCCUGGUUCAAGGGCCACCAACCUGUCUCUUCUUGGAUGGGAGUGACAGUAUCAGCGGAUGGGAGAGUUCUCCGCAUUGAGCAAGCCCAGCUUUCUGAUGCUGGGAGCUACCGCUGUGUGGCAUCCAAUGUGGCAGGUAGCACAGAGCUGCAGUUUGGCCUACGGGUCAAUGUGCCCCCUCGAAUCACGCUGCCACCCAGCCUGCCAGGCCCUGUGUUGGUCAACACCCCUGUCCGUCUGACCUGCAAUGCCACCGGUGCCCCCGGCCCCAUACUGAUGUGGCUGAAGGAUGGAAACCCUGUGUCCCCUGCAGGGACCCCUGGCUUGCAGGUCUUCCCUGGGGGCCGGGUCCUCACCUUGACCAGCGCCCGGGCCUCCAACUCUGGGAGGUACUCCUGCGUGGCUGUGAGCGCGGUGGGCGAGGACCGCCGGGAUGUCGUGCUGCAAGUCCACAUGCCCCCGAGUAUCCUCGGAGAAGAGCUGAAUGUGUCCGUCGUGGCCAAUGAGUCAGUGGCCCUGGAGUGCCAGAGCCACGCCAUGCCCCCUCCUGUGCUGAGCUGGUGGAAGGACGGGCGGCCCCUGGAACCACGGCCUGGAGUCCACCUCUCCGCAGACAAAGCCUUGCUGCAGGUGGACAGAGCUGAUGUGUGGGAUGCGGGCCGCUAUACCUGUGAGGCGCUGAAUCAGGCCGGCCGCUCAGAGAAACACUACAAUCUCAACGUCUGGGUCGCUCCAGUGUUCCCCUCGAGGGAAUCCCACACCCUGACUGUGAGCGAGGGACAUCCUGCCAGGCUGUCCUGCGAAUGCCGGGGCGUCCCCUUCCCCAAGAUCUCCUGGAGGAAGGACGGUCAACCCCUCCCCGGGGAGGGGGCUGGCCUCCAGCAGGUGUCGGCUGUGGGGAGGCUGCUGUACCUGGGACAGGCCCAGCUGGCUCAAGAAGGAACAUACACCUGUGAGUGCAGCAACGUGGCGGGGAACAGCAGCCAGGACCUGCAGCUGGAGGUGCACGUUCCCCCUCAGAUUGCCGGUCCCCAGGAGCUUCCCACACAGGUCUCCGUGGUCCAGGAUGGAGUGACCACUCUGGAGUGCAACGCCACAGGGAAACCCCCUCCGACAGUGACAUGGGAGCAGGAUGGCCAGCCCGUGGGGGCCGAACUGGGCCUGCAGCUGCAGAACCAGGGUCAGAGCCUGCGUGUAGAGCGGGCCCGGGCUGCCCACGCCGGACGCUACAGCUGUGUGGCCGAGAACCUGGCUGGGAGGGCAGAGAGGAGGUUUGAGCUCUCUGUGCUGGGUGAGGACUGGCAGCUGCUGGAGGAGGGUGGGUUGGGGCAGAUUAGAGCAGGCAAGGCCGGUUCAAUCUCCAGGCGCAGCCCUCAGGCUGUGAUCCUUGGGUCACACCUGUUCUUUCUGGAAGCCAGCCCUGUGGCGGCCACCUGCUCGCCCCUCCUAGGUGUACCUCCGUUUUACGGAGGACAGCUCUGCUCCUCAAUCCACUUCUCGCUCCUCAGACUCCCCAAUUGGGCGAUUCCUCCCAGUAUUGAGAACGAGGACCUGGAGGAGGUGAUCAAAGUCCCUGAGGGACAGACUGCCCAUCUGAUGUGCAACGUCACAGGCCACCCACAGCCCAAGCUCACGUGGUUCAAAGAUGGCCGGCCCCUGGCUGGUGGAGACGCCCACCAUAUCUCCCCAGACGGAGUCCUCCUGCAGGUCCUCCAGGCAAACUUGUCCAGUGCUGGCCACUACUCCUGCAUUGCAGCCAACGCCGUUGGGGAGAAGACCAAACACUUCCAGUUCAGUGUCCUGUUGGCUCCCACCAUCCUGGGAGUGGCUGAGGACAGUGCAGAUGAGGAGGUGACCGUGACCAUCAACAACCCCAUCUCUCUGAUCUGCGAGGCGCUGGCCUUCCCUUCCCCCAACAUCACCUGGAUGAAGGACGGGGUCCCUUUUGAGGCCUCUAGGAACAUCCACCUGCUCCCAGGUACCCACGGGCUGCAGAUCCUGAAUGCCCAGAAGGAAGAUGCCGGUCAGUAUACCUGCGUGGUCACCAACGAGCUCGGGGAGGCCGUGAAAAACUACCACGUGGAAGUGCUCAUCCCCCCUUCCAUCUCCAAAGACGACCCCUUAGGGGAGGUCGGCGUGAAGGAGGUGAAGACCAAGGUCAACAGCACCUUGACCCUGGAGUGUGAGAGCUGGGCUGCGCCCCCACCCACCAUCCACUGGUACAAGGAUGGACAGCCCGUGACCCCCAGCCCGCGGCUGCAUGUCCUGGGCGAAGGGCGACUGCUCCAGAUCCAGCCCACGCAGGUCUCAGACUCAGGGCGGUACCUGUGUGUGGCCACCAACGUGGCUGGCGAGGAUGACCAGGACUUCAACGUGCUCAUCCAGGUGCCCCCCAUGUUCCAGAAGGUGGGUGAUGCCAGUGCAGCCUUCGAGAUCCUGUCCCGAGAGCAGGAGGCCCGGGGCGGAGUAACGGAAUACAGGGAGAUUGUGGAGAACAACCCAGCCUACCUGUACUGCGACACCAACGCAAUCCCACCCCCGGAGCUCACCUGGUACAAAGAGGAUCGACCCCUCUCGGCCGGGGAUGGGGUGUCUGUGCUGCAAGGAGGCCGGGUCCUGCAGAUCCCCCUGGUGCGGGCGGAGGAUGCCGGGAAGUACUCUUGCAAGGCAUCCAACGAGGUGGGCGAGGACUGGCUGCACUACGAGCUGCUGGUGCUGACCCCACCUGUGAUCCUGGGCGCCACAGAGGAGCUGGUGGAAGAGGUGACGGUGAAUGCCAGCAGCACCGUCAGCCUGCAGUGCCCGGCCCUGGGAAACCCCGUGCCCACCAUCUCGUGGCUCCAGAAUGGGCUGCCUGUCUCCCCGAGCCCACGGCUGCAGGUCCUGGAGGACGGGCAAGUCUUGCAGGUUUCCACGGCAGAGGUGGCCGACGCUGCCAGCUACAUGUGUGUGGCUGAGAACCAGGCGGGCUCCGCUGAGAAGCUCUUCACCCUCAGGGUUCAAGUCCCGCCACGAAUCGCAGGCCUGGACUUGGAGCAGGUCACUGCCAUCCUCAACAGCAGCGUCUCCCUCCCUUGCGAUGUCCACGCUCACCCAAACCCCGAGGUCACAUGGUACAAGGACAGCCAGGCCCUCUCCCUGGGUGAAGAAAUCUUCCUCCUUCCUGGUACCCACACGCUGCAGCUGGGGCGAGCACGGCUGUCGGACUCCGGGACAUACAUAUGCGAAGCCCUCAACGCUGCCGGCCGAGACCAGAAGCUGGUGCAGCUCAGUGUUCUGGUUCCCCCUGCCUUCAGGCAGGCUCCCAGCGGCCCCCACGGUGCGGUCCUGGUGAGGGUCGGGGACAGAGCUGUCCUGAGCUGCGAGACAGAUGCACUCCCUGAGCCAACUGUGACCUGGUACAAGGAUGGGCAGCCCCUUGUCCUGGCGCAGCAGACCCAGGCUCUGCAGGGUGGGCAGAGGCUGGAGAUCCAGGAGGCCCAGGUGUCGGAUAAAGGUUUAUACAGCUGCAAAGUCAGCAACGUGGCUGGGGAGGCUGUGCGGACUUUCACCCUCACCGUCCAGGUGCCCCCAACAUUUGAGAACCCCAAGACAGAGACAGUGAGCCAGGUGGCUGGGAGCCCCCUGGUCCUGACCUGUGAUGUGUCCGGGAUCCCUGCACCCACGGUCACUUGGCUGAAGGACAGGAUGCCCGUGGAGAGCAGCGUGGUGCACGGUGUGGUCUCCCGGGGGGGACGCCUCCUACUGAGCCGCCUGCAACCGACCCAGGCAGGCACCUACACAUGUGUGGCUGAGAACACCCAGGCCGAGGCCCGCAAGGACUUCGUGGUCGCAGUGCUGGUGCCCCCCCGGAUCCGGAGCUCGGGCACCGCGCAGGAGCACCACAUCUUGGAAGGGCAGGAGGUGCGGCUGGACUGUGAGGCCGAUGGGCAGCCGCUGCCGGACGUGGCCUGGCUGAAGGAUGGCAGCCCGCUGGGCCAGGACAUGGGCCCCCACCUCCGGUUCUACCUGGAUGGCGGCUCCCUGGUGCUAAAAGGCCUGAGGGCCUCGGACGCGGGUGCCUACACCUGCGUGGCCCACAACCCAGCCGGGGAGGACGCCAGGCUGCACACGGUGAACGUGCUGGUUCCUCCCACCAUUGAGCAGGGAGCAGACGGCUCGGGGGCCCUGGUGAGCAGGCCUGGGGAGCUGGUGACCAUGGCAUGCCCCGUACGGGGCUCCCCGCCCAUCCAUGUGAGCUGGCUCAAGGACGGCCUGCCCCUCCCGCUCUCCCAGCGCACCCUCCUCCACGGCUCUGGCCGCACCCUCAGGAUUUCCCAGGUGCAAUUGGCAGAUGCCGGCAUCUUCACCUGUGUGGCCUCGAGCCCAGCUGGCGUGGCGGACAGGAACUUCACCUUGCAGGUGCAGGUGCCCCCUGUCCUGGAGCCGGUGGAGUUCCAGAAUGAGGUGAUGGUGGUUCGUGGCUCCCCAGUGGAACUCCCAUGCGAGGCCCGGGGCGUUCCCCUGCCUCUCGUGUCGUGGAUGAAGGACGGGGAGCCCUUGUUGUCCCAGAGCCUUGAGCAGGGGCCCAGCCUGCAGCUGGAGACAGUGGGAGCUGGUGACUCGGGGACCUACUCCUGUGUGGCCGUGAGCGAGGCCGGGGAAGCCAGGAGGCAUUUCCAGCUGACCGUCAUGGAGCCCCCUCACAUUGAGGACUCGGGCCAGCCUACAGAGCUGUCGCUGACCCCCGGUGCCCCCAUGGAGCUCCUCUGUGAGGCCCAGGGCACCCCCCAGCCCAACAUCACCUGGCAUAAGGACGGGCAGGCCCUGACCAGGCUGGAGAACAGCAGCAGAGCCACACGGGUGCUCUGGGUGGAGAGUGUGCAGGUUGGGGAUGCCGGGCUGUACACUUGCCUGGCUGAAAGCCCUGCAGGUGCAGUCGAGAAGAGCUUCCGGGUCAGGGUUCAAGCCCCUCCAAACAUUGUUGGGCCCCGAGGCCCCCGCUUUGUGGUCGGCCUGGCCCCGGGGCAGCUGGUCCUGGAGUGUUCGGUGGAGGCAGAGCCAGCGCCCGAGAUCACGUGGCACCGAGAUGGCAUCGUGCUGCAGGAGGACGCCCACACACAGUUCCCAGAGCGGGGCAGGUUCCUCCAGCUGCAGGCCUUGAGCACGGCUGACAGCGGCGACUACAGCUGCACAGCCCGCAACGCUGCAGGCAGCACCAGCGUGGCCUUCCGCGUGGAGAUCCACACGGUGCCCACCAUCCGGUCGGGACCACCUGCAGUGAACGUCUCAGUGAACCAGACAGCCCUGCUGCCCUGCCAGGCCGACGGUGUGCCCACACCCCUCGUGAGCUGGCGGAAGGAUGGAGCACCCCUGGAUCCCAGGAGCCCCAGGUUCGAAGUUCUGCCUGAGGGUUCCCUGAAAAUUCAGCCAGUCCUUGCCCAGGACGCCGGCCACUACCUCUGCCUGGUAUCCAACUCUGCUGGAUCCGAUCGCCAAGGCCGCGACCUACGGGUCUUUGAGCCUCCAGCCAUCGCCCCCAGCCCCUCCAACCUGACUCUGACCGCCCACACCCCAGCCUCGCUGCCCUGCGAGGCCAGCGGCUCCCCUAAGCCCCUGGUGGUCUGGUGGAAGGACGGACAGAAGCUGGACUUCCGCCUGCAGCAGGGCGCCUACCGGCUCCUGCCCUCCAAUGCCCUGCUCCUUGCGGCCCCUGGCCCCCAGGACUCAGCCCAGUUUGAGUGCGUGGUGAGCAAUGAGGUGGGCGAGGCCCGCAGGCUCUACCAGGUGACCGUCCAUGUGCCUCCCACCAUUGCUGACGACCAGACAGACUUCACCGUGACCAUGAUAGCACCCGUGGUCCUCACAUGUCACAGCACAGGCGUACCAGCUCCGACCGUGUCCUGGAGCAAGGCAGGUGCCCAGCUAGGAGCUCGGGGAAGCAGCUAUCGUGUCUCACCAUCGGGCGCCCUGGAGAUCAGGCAGGCCCUCCCCAUCCAUGCAGGCCGCUACACCUGCACAGCCCGCAACUCUGCCGGCGUCGCCCACAAGCACGUCUUCCUCACCGUGCAAGCCUCCCCGGUGGUGAAGCCGCUGCCCAGCGUGGUUCGGGCAGUGGCAGAGGAGGAGGUGCUGCUGCCCUGCGAGGCCUCAGGCAUCCCCCGGCCGACCAUCACCUGGCAGAAGGAAGGGCUCAACGUCCCUGCGGGAGUGAGUACCCAGGUCCUACCGGGCGGACAGCUGCGGAUUGCCCAUGCCAGCCCGGAGGAUGCUGGAAACUAUCUCUGCAUCGCCAAGAACAGUGCAGGCAGCGCCAUGGGGAAGACACGGCUGGUGGUGCAAGUCCCACCAGUGAUCGAGAAUGGCCUCCCAGACCUGUCUACCACCGAAGGCUCCCACGCAUUCUUGCCUUGCAAGGCCAGGGGCAGUCCUGAGCCCAACAUCACCUGGGACAAAGAUGGCCAGCCUGUGUCAGGCGCCGAGGGGAAGUUCACCAUCCAGCCUUCUGGGGAGUUGCUGGUGAAGAACUUGGAGGGCCAGGACGCAGGCACCUAUACCUGUACCGCUGAGAAUGCCGUGGGCCGGGCCCGCCGCCGCGUGCACCUCACCAUCCUGGCGCUGCCUGUGUUCACCACCCUGCCUGGGGACCGCAGCCUGCGCCUUGGGGACAGGCUGUGGCUUCGCUGUGCAGCCCGGGGCAGCCCCACCCCUCACAUUGGCUGGACUGUCAACGACCGGCCAGUCACAGAAGGGGUGUCUGAGCAGGAUGGAGGCAGCACGCUGCAGCGGGCCUCUGUCUCCAGAGAAGACAGCGGGACCUAUGUCUGCUGGGCGGAGAACAGAGUGGGCCGCACGCAGGCGGUCAGCUUCGUCCACGUGAAGGAGGCUCCUGUCCUACAAGGGGAGGCUUUCUCCUACCUGGUGGAACCUGUAGGAGGCAGCAUUCAGCUAGACUGUGUGGCGCGUGGAGACCCAGUGCCAGCCAUCCGCUGGGUCAAAGAUGGCCUUCCACUGCGGGGCAGCCGCCUCCGGCACCAGCUGCGGAAUGGCUCACUGACCAUCCGCAGGACUGAGAGGGACGAUGCGGGACAGUACCAGUGCCUGGCAGAGAACGAGAUGGGCAUGGCGAAGAAAGUGGUGAUCCUCGUCCUGCAGAGUGCUCCGGUGUUCCAGGUGGAGCCCCAGGACAUGACAGUGAGAUCCGGGGAUGACGUGGCUCUGCGAUGCCAGGCCACUGGAGAGCCCAUACCCACCAUUGAAUGGUUGAGGGCGGGUCAACCCUUGCGGGCCAGCCGGCGACUCCGGACCCUGCCUGAUGGGAGCCUGUGGCUGGAGAAUGUGGAGACUGGGGAUGCAGGCACCUACGACUGCGUCGCUCACAAUCUCCUGGGCUCUGCCACAGCCCGGGCGUUCCUGGUCGUGAGAGGGGAACCCCGGGGGAGCUGGGGCAGCAUGAUUGGGGUGAUCAAUGGCCGGAAAUUUGGCGUGGCCAGACUCAACACCAGCGUGAUGCAGGAGGUGCGCUCCGGGGUCAGCAGCAUCCGCAGCAGCAUCCACCAUGUCCCAGCAAAUGUGGGACCUCUGAUGCGGGUACUCCUGGUCACCAUCGCCCCCAUCUACUGGGCCCUGGCCAGAGAGAGUGGGGAAGCCCUGAAUGGCCACUCCCUGACCGGGGGCAGGUUCCGGCAGGAGUCACACGUGGAGUUUGCUACAGGGGAGCUGCUCACGAUGACCCAGGUGGCCCGGGGCCUGGAUCCCGAUGGCCUCCUGCUCCUCGACGUGGUGGUCAAUGGCGUUGUCCCCGAGAGCCUGGCUGACGCAGAUCUUCAAGUGCAGGACUUUGAGGAGCGCUAUGUGCAAACAGGGCCUGGCCAGCUAUUUGUGGACUCCACACAGCACUUCUUUCAGGGCAGCCUCCCCUCGUUCCUGCGCUGCAACCACAGCAUCCAGUACAACGCAGCCCGGGGCCCCCAGCCCCAGCUGGUGCAGCACCUGCGGGCCUCAGCUAUCAGCUCGGCCUUUGACCCACAGGCCGAGGCUCUGCGCUUCCAGCUCACUACAGCCCUGCAGGCGGAGGAGAACGAGGUCGGCUGCCCCGAGGGCUUUGAGCUGGACUCCCAGGGAGCAUUUUGUGUGGACAGGGACGAGUGCUCAGGAGGCCCCAGCCCCUGCUCCCACACCUGCCUUAACGCACCCGGCCGCUUCUCCUGUGCCUGCCCGGCUGGCUUUGCCCUGGCCUGGGAUGACAGGAACUGCAGAGAUGUGGACGAGUGUGCGGGGGAUGCUCGCCUCUGCCGAGAGGGACAGCGCUGUGUGAACCUGCUCGGGUCCUACCGCUGCCUCCCCGACUGUGGGUCUGGCUUCCGGGUGGCUGCUGACGGAGCCAGCUGUGAAGAUGUGGACGAAUGCCUGGAGGGGUUGGACGACUGUCACUACAACCAGCUCUGCGAGAACACCCCAGGCGGUCACCACUGCAGCUGCCCCAGGGGCUACCGGAUGCAGGGCCCCAGCCUGCCCUGCCUAGAUGUCAAUGAGUGCCUGCAGCUGCCCAAGGCCUGCGCCUACCAGUGCCACAACCUCCAGGGCAGCUACCGCUGCCUGUGCCCCCCAGGCCAGACCCUCCUUCGCGACGGCAAGGCCUGCACCUCACUGGAGCGGAAUGGACAAAAUGUGACCGCUGUCAGCCACCGAGGCCCUCUAGUGCCCUGGCUGUGGCCCCGGGCCUCCAUCCCUGGUGGCUCCUACCACGCCUGGGUCUCUCUCCGGCCGGGUCCCGUGGCCCUGAGCAGUGUGGGCCGGGCCUGGUGCCCUCCUGGUUUCAUCAGGCAGAACGGAGUCUGCACAGACCUCGACGAGUGCCGGGUGAGGAACCUGUGUCAGCACGCCUGCCGCAACACUGAGGGCAGCUACCAGUGCCUGUGCCCCGCCGGCUACCGCCUGCUCCCCAGCGGGAAGAACUGCCAGGAUAUCAACGAGUGCGAAGAGGAGGACAUCGAGUGUGGACCCGGCCAGAUGUGCUUCAACACCCGCGGCAGCUCCCAGUGUGUGGACACACCCUGUCCUGCCACCUACCGGCAGGGCCCCAGCCCUGGGACGUGCUUCCGGCGCUGCUCGCAGGACUGCGACACCGGCGGCCCCUCCACGCUGCAGUACCGGCUGCUGCCGCUGCCCCUGGGCGUUCGCGCCCACCACGACGUGGCCCGCCUUGCCGCCUUCUCCGAGGCCGGCGUCCCAGCCAACCGCACCGAGCUCAGCGUGCUGGAGCCGGACCCGCGCAGCCCCUUCGCGCUGCGCCCGCUGCGCGCGGGCCUCGGCGCGGUCUACACCCGUCGCGCGCUCACCCGCUCUGGCCUCUACCGGCUCACCGUGCGCGCCGCGGCGCCACGCCACCAAAGCGUCUUCGUCCUGCUCAUCGCCGUGUCCCCCUACCCCUACUAAACGGGAGAGGGCAUUGGCGGCUGCCCCGGUGUGACCCCCGAGGAAGGGGGCCAGGAGGAGCUUGGUCCACGCCACCUGCUGUGGCAAGCGGAGCGUCAUCGUCUCUCGCCCCGUGCGUCAGCGAGACCUUGGGUCAACACGACCCUGCGCGCAGCCUUGACCCCCGACAGCGAGGACCUGAGCUCACAGAGGGAGGCGUCCGGGGCGGUCCUUGGGUGGCCAGGCCCGCAGGCAGGGCCCGGGGAAGCCUCCAGGUCUGAUCCGCCCCUCAGUGGGAGCGGGACAGGGACACAGGGCACCUGGACGCCCGGGGGAGGAGGCAGACUCCGCGUUGGGGGUGGCAGCAGCUAUCUGGCGGUGUCAUUCUGAACCCUGUUGCAAUAUAAAAAGAUUGCUUUUUUAAC